UUCAACAAGAUGACGUCUCCAAAGUUGGUCUUAUAUUUGACGUGUUUGUUCUUGGGAACAAUCGGUCAGACGACUGAUCGGAAAAUAUCUUCAAGUGUUCGUCAAGAGAAACGUUUUAUAUCUGCUAAUGCUGGAGAAAAUGUGACUUUGCCAUGCUACAUUGAAGAUGGUGAUAAAGAUUGGUUUUACUGGUACAAACAAACUCUGGGACAGAAACCAAAGCUCAUCUCUACCGCCUAUACGUAUAAUCCAAGACCCACUUUUUAUCAUGAGUUUAAGAACAAUUCACGCUUCACACUUGAUCACGGAAAAAGUAGAAAUCACUUGACAAUUUUGAACUUGCACAUAUUGGACUCAGCUACUUACUACUGUGCAUUUGCCCCUCGAAUUAUUUUGAAUUUUGAAGAAGGCACUACAAUCAGUGUCAAAGCUUCUGGUUUGAGCACCCCACCUUCGGUCCAUCAGUCAGCAUCUGAGAUCAUCCAGUCAAGAGACUCUGUGACUCUGAACUGUACAGUACACACUGGCAGCUGUGAUGGAGAACACAGUGUUUACUGGUUCAAAAACUCUGAAGACUCUCCAGGACUCCUUUACACCCGUGGAGGCAGUAAUGAUCAGUGUGAGAGGAAACCCAACACACAAACACACACCUGUGAAUACAACCUGCCAAUGGAGAACCUGAAUAUUUCUCAUGCUGGGACCUACUACUGUGCUGUUGCCUCAUGUGGACAUAUACUGUUUGGAAAUGGGACCAAGCUGGAAUUAGAAGAUGAGGUCGACUCUCUUGUGUAUUUCUUGAGUGGAGCUUUAGCGUUCAACUCCAUUCUGGUUGUUUUACUGGCUUUCUUAGUGUACACGAUGAAAAAGAGAAACAACUGUCAAUCAAUGGAGUCUGAAGCAAGAUUAUCAACUCCCCCUACAGCAAAUGCAGAGGGUUACCAGGAUGCAAGCAGCCUCCAUUAUGCUGCUGUAAGUGUCAAUGUGCCCAACAGAUCAAGACGACAGAGGAACAUCCCCAACGAUGAAUGUGUGUACUCUGGUGUCAAGCUGUAGACAAACCAUGUUUCAUUACUUUUGUUAAUCAAAAUUGGAUUAGUGAUGUUUGAAAAGUGAUAUAGAUUUUAAAGUAGAUUUUAUAAUGUUGUGCUUUAUAUGUUUUCUUAUGUCCAUUGUAUCUCCUCAGUAUUCAAAACUGACUCAAAUAUUAAAUGGACACUUUGGUCUUGAUACAAUA